CGGGACUGGGCCCCGCCUCUUUCCCCUCCCCAGGUGCUCCGGUGUGGACUGGAAGCGCCGGCCCCGGCGGAUUCACUGGAGCACGGACGCUGCGGCCGGUUGGGCCGGUGCCCUUUCCCGCUCUGGGAAGGAAGAGAGAUGGAGGUGAAAAAGUUGAGCAUUUCCUGGCAGUUCUUGAUAGUUCUGGUUCUGAUCCUGCAAAGUCUGUCUGCGUUGGAUUUUGACCCAUACAGAGUCCUAGGGGUCAGCCGCACAGCCAGUCAGGCUGACAUUAAAAAGGCCUAUAAGAAGCUCGCGCGGGAAUGGCAUCCUGACAAAAACAAAGACCCUGGAGCAGAGGACAAGUUCAUUCAGAUCAGCAAAGCUUACGAGAUUCUGUCCAAUGAGGAAAAGAGGACAAACUAUGACCAUUAUGGUGAUGCUGGUGAGAACCAAGGCUACCAGAAGCAACAGCGCGAGUAUCGUUUUCGCCAUUUCCAUGAGAACUUUUAUUUCGAUGAAUCGUUUUUUCACUUUCCUUUCAAUUCGGAGCGGCGGGACUCAAAUGAUGAGAAGUACUUGUUGCACUUUUCACACUAUGUGAAUGAAGUGGUUCCCGACAGCUUCAAAAAGCCCUACCUCAUUAAGAUCACGUCAGAUUGGUGCUUUAGCUGCAUCCAUAUCGAGCCUGUCUGGAAAGAAGUGGUCCAGGAACUGGAAGGACUGGGUGUGGGGAUUGGUGUUGUCCAUGCUGGAUACGAAAGACGCCUGGCCCAUCACCUGGGAGCGCACAGUACCCCCUCCAUCCUAGGAAUCAUCAAUGGGAAGAUCUCCUUCUUCCACAAUGCAGUGGUUCCUGAGAACCUGUGGCAGUUCGUGGAGAGUCUUCUUCCAGGGAACUUGGUGGAGAAGGUUACAAAUAAAAACUACGUGCGAUUCCUAUCUGGCUGGCAGCAGGAGAAUAAGCCUCAUGCCCUCUUGUUCGGCCAGACACCAGCAGUGCCCCUGCUGUACAAGCUGACGGCCUUUGCAUACAAAGAUUAUGUGUCGUUUGGGUAUGUGUACGUUGGCUUGAGAGGCACAGAGGAGAUGACCAGGCAGUACAACAUCAAUGUCUAUGCGCCCACCAUGCUGAUCUUUAAGGAACACAUCAACAAGCCUGCUGAUGUGAUCCAGGUUCGAGGGCUAAAGAAGCAGGUCAUCGAGGACUUCAUUGCCCAGAACAAGUACCUGAUGGCGGCCCGGCUCACCAGCCAGAGACUGUUCCAUGAACUCUGCCCUGUGAAGCGGUCUCACCGACAGAGGAAGUAUUGCGUGGUUUUACUGACAGCUGAGGCUAGCAAGCUGAGCAAACCCUUUGACGCCUUCCUGUCCUUUGCACUGGCAAACACCCAGGACACAGUGCGGUUCGUGCAUGUCUACAUCAACCGGCAGCAGGAGUUUGCCAGCACCUUGCUACCGGACAUUGAGGCCUUUGAAGGGAAGUCGUGGGUGUCCAUCUUGGAGAGGCGAAACACAGCAGGGAGGGUGGUGUUUAAAACCCUGGAAGAUCCCUGGACUGGCAGUGAAAGUGAUAAGUUCAUCCUUUUGAGUUACCUUGAGCAGCUGCGGAAAGAUCCAGCAUUUCUAUCCUCAGAAGCUGUGCUCCCUGACCUCACUGAUGAACUUGCCCCGGUAUUUUUCCUCCGGUGGUUCUACUCUGUUUCUGACUCCCUCUCAGACUUCUGGGAGAGCUUGCUUCACAGUAACUGGAGGGAGAUGAUGCCCCUACUGUCCCUCAUCUUCUCAGCCCUCUUCAUCCUCUUUGGCACCGUCAUUGUCCAGGCUUUCAGUGACUCCAGUGAGGAACGAGAAUCACACCCUCCAGAUAAAGAAGAAGUCCCUGAGAAGGCUGGGAAGACUGAGCCAAGCUUCGCCAAGGAAAACAGCAGCAAGAUUCCUAAAAAAGGCUUUGUGGAGGUAACUGAACUCACAGAUGUGACAUACACCAGCAACUUGGUACGCCUGAGGCCAGGCCACAUGAAUGUGGUCCUCAUCCUGUCUAAUUCGACGAAGACAAGCCUGCUGCAGAAAUUUGCUCUGGAAGUCUACACAUUCACCGGGAGCAGCAGCCUCCACUUCUCCUUCUUGAGUCUGGACAAACACCGGGAGUGGCUGGAGUACUUGCUGGAGUUUGCUCAGGACGCGGCCCCGAUCCCAAACCAGUACGACAAGCACUUUAUGGAACGGGACUACACUGGCUACGUGCUGGCCCUGAAUGGCCACAAGAAGUACUUCUGCCUCUUCAAGCCCCAGAAGACAGUGGAGGAAGAGGCUGUGGGCUCCUGUGACCCUGACUUCUCCCGAGAGAAGCCUCCCCUUGGCCUUGGGCCCAAGCCCCUCAAGGGCAAGCUGAGCAAGUUGUCCUUGUGGAUGGAGCGCCUGCUGGAAGGUUCCUUGCAGAGGUUCUACAUCCCAUCGUGGCCUGAGCUAGACUGAGACAUGGACUCUUCAGGUUUUUAACAUGCCCCAGGAACAGGGAUUUUCAGAAGAGUCUAGAUUUUAGAUUUCUCUUCUAGAGCACUGGCUAGAAGAUCUUCCCUUUGUCACCUAGGAGCAAGACACCGCAGGUUUGAUCCCUAGAUGAAAAUCUUUCCCUUUGGGUUUUCUCAUCCUGUAUGAAUGCCGCACUAUUUAAAAGAGACUGCUCACCCCCUCUCCUUUGCUGUCCCUGUAACAUGCUCACACCACUCUGUCCUUAUGUUGGAGAAACCCAGGGCUUGACCCUGAGCCGUGCCUGGACAAAUCUCAGGAUCCUCAUGAACCUGUCAUGCAGGGUGGGUCACUCACCCCACCCCGGCCCCUGCAGCAAGCUCCUGGCCUGGCCUCUGUGAGCUUCUGCCACGGCACAUGCUCUCAACACAGGACAGCCCACCACGCUUCUAGGUCCUGCAUCUUCAAAAGAGGCCUAGUUUUUUGCAAUUUUACAUGUGACCAUGCUUCUGGGAGCAAGCAUUGAGACAUAUUUUGGGGGUAUCCCCCACAACAGUUGGCCAGCCACAGAUUUGAAAGAAAAGGGGUGAGCAGGGGUGAGGGUGCAGCGCUGACAUUCGGUCUUCCCCAGCAGAAGGAAAGGUUGAGCACUGACUGGAGUUGCCCAGCCCUGUGAUCCUUCGUGAGCAUCCCUUGGUCGCUAUCCCUGUCCCCUCACUACAGCCCAUUUAAGCACCACCACAGCCAGGCCAGUGUGCCCAGCCAGAAGCACUGCAGUGUCUGAGCCGCUGAUCUGUGUCCAGAUGCUUUUCUGCCUCUGGAUUUUAGAGUUUGAUACUAGGAGCCAUAACCUGUGAUCCUGUUCUGAGUGUAGAUAAGCUGCUAUAGAGCCAGUAGAUUUAAGAUGGCGGCAUUUACUGUCUGCCGAGAGCCAGGUGCAGGAGCCUUUCCUGCGUCGUUCGCAAGUAAAAUGCCAGGCGUGUCUUCAAACCAAGAAACCUGACCUCUCUGACAAUUGCAUUUUGAACAUUGUUGUCCCCAAAGUGCUGAAUCUUCAAGUCGUCUCUUGUGACUGAGCUGAGACUUGUCUGGAUUCCUGUCCAGCAGGCAAUAGCUUCUUUCUUCUGGCCUGCAUUUUAGCGUCUCUGCUUAAUUGUUUCCUCCUUUCCUUAUUGCUGCUUCCUGCUGCCAGAUCAGACCCAUCAGCUCCAGCUUGCCUGGCUCCACACCCCUCGGGCUCAGGGCUGGAUCAUGCUUGCCCACUUAAGGGCAUACCCUUUGUUUUUAGGGCCAAACCUCGAGGGGAGUUUGGACAGCUGUCGCGCACGGUGUGUUCUACUGUCAAGCAAGUGCCCUCUUGUAAACUGAAGGGCACAAAUCAGGGACCGGACAUUCACUCAGUUAGUAUUCUCCAAUUGUAAUUGCUUUGAACCAAGCACCUCGGAUCCUGACUACUUUAAACUCGGAGCUCCAGUGGUAAGUGAUAAAUUAUUUGAGCCCAGGAACUCUGUAGUUUUCAAAGAGUCUUUAGCUUUAUUAAAAAAAAAAAUAAAGAAAUCACUGCCAGGCUUCAUUCUUCCAUCUGACCCUCUAGAAGUACUGCUAACUCUCUGUACUGCUGCUCGUGCACCUGGCCCAGCUAGCAAGGGUCAAAGCAGCCUUGGCUCCUCAGUGCCCAGUUCUCAACAUGCAUUUCUGGAGCUGAGGGUGAGCUGGGGUAGAACACUUGCCCAGCAUGUGUGAAGCCUGAGUUCCAUCCCCAUUAUCAUACACACACAUGUAUUUUUUCCUUAUAUUUUUAUGGCCGGGCUCCUCUUAUGAGUAUGUUUUAACUCACUGAUAGAUUUUUGUCUUUACGUAUCUGGAACUCAUAAAAUUCCUUGACAUGUAAUUUCUGAAAACCAAAAACUCCCCAGAUGUUUGUUCUUUUCUCAAAACUGUACCAAGAUGAUCAAAGGCCCUUCAUUAGAAGUGGCGGAGGGGGGCUGGAGAGAUGGCUCAGAGGUUAAGAGCACCAGCUGCUCUUCCAAAGGUCCUGAGUUCAAUUCCCAGCAACCACAUGGUGGCUCACAACCAUCUAUAGUGAGAUCUGGUGCCCUCUUUUGACGUGCAGGCACACAUGCAGACAGAACACUGUAUACAUAAUAAGUAAAUAAAUUUACUGAUGGGGAUGAAGGCGGAUAUCCACCAAGGACACCAGGGAACUUUGGCCUCCUUGCUUACUUGCUUUGAGACAGGGUCUCACUGUGUAGCCUAGCCCAGGAUGGCCUCCAGCUGAAGGUCCUCCUGCCUCAGCCUCCCAGUACUAGGAUUACAGGGGUGUACCCCACGUCUACCUUUGAUAGUCACAAACCUUUCUUCCUGAAUGUUGUUUCCAUGAAUUGUUUAUUUUCUGUGUCAAAUAUGAGCUAUUUCUGUGCUCAGCCAGAUGCCAAGGUUUCCCAUCCUAAUGAACCCAAUUUCAGUUCAGAUACUGCCCUGUGAGGAGAGGAGUUGGUGUCUGCCCAAGGCAGCCUCUGAGUCAUUUUCAGGAGCUGAGGUGAAAGUACUCUGUCUGGGGUGCUCUCUUCCUGCCACUCAGGACCAACUGCAGAGGCGGUGUGCUGCCAGAGACAUUGCAGGAAGCUGCUCUCCCUGUCACCUGCCAGCACCCAAAACAAUUUGCUUGUUUUCAGGUGGGUUAGUCUCCUCAUUCACAGCCUUUUAUGUAAUUCAUUUGCAGCCACCAUCAAUGUGUGUUUUCCUGUGUUUAAAAUAUAUAUAUAUAUAUUUGACCCAUCUGCUUUGCCUGGGCUAGGGACUGGAAGCAAGCACUCAGCCUCUGUCUCUGGUUUUGUUUUGUUUCAAAGCAGAACUCCUUCUGGGGCUGUAGUUCAGUGGUAAAGCAUUUGCCUAGCAUGUGCGAAGCCCUUGGGUUGACCCCCAGUGAUGGCGGGGGUGGGGGGCCAAAUUAGGUAGAAUUCGUCAAAUGUUGUUGCAAGGGGCCAGAUUCGGUGGCUCCUGCCUGUAAUCCCAGCACUCAGGAAGCAGAAGCAGUAGGAUCAGGAGUUCAAGGUCAUCCUUAGCAUGAGCAGGUGAAGCCAGCUUGGGCUGUGAGACCUGGUCUCAAAAACAAACAUACAAACAAAAAAACAAGUGAUACCAGGCUGGGGUGUCCUGCUUGUGUAGCACACGUGAGGCCCUGUGUUCUUCGACCCGAGCACCACAAAAUAAGCAAGUAAAUAGUUGAAGUAGAGGAUGCAGAUGAAAUAAGGUCAUGGCCACGAUUCUGGCCUCACCCUGGAAAACAAAGGCAGCAUAGCUGUCCUGAAUCUGCCUGUUGCGUGUUAGAGAACAUGGCUGCCCCUGGAAGACAGAUCUGAGAGGAAGGUGAAUAUUUUGCACUUUUGAUACUAUUAAGAACAAGUAACUUAUUUGACAAAUUGUGUCUUUUAUGUUUUAUGUUUUUACUUUUCAGUUUUAUUUGGUUUGGGGUUUUUUUGUUUUAUUUUUGUAUUGUGAACAGGCACUAAAAUUAAUGUUGUUUUGUUUUAAAAAUAUUACGGACUGGAAACAAAUAAACUAUUUU